GUCCAUCAACCCGUCGACCGCCUCAUCCCGCGGCCCAUCCAGGCACUGCCUACUGAGGCCUUGCAUGUGUAGACGCCCUUGCGCAAAGACCAAAAGUGCGACACUCGCACUCAAGCACCCCUACGGUCAACUGACACGCCGUUGACCGGACCGCCGAAGCACCACACCCAUCGUCACAGGACCAGCCUACCAGUCCACCACCAUGGUCUCCUUCAGAUUUGCCUCCGCUCUCGCAGCGGCUUCCAUUGUCGCCAUGGCCUCUGCCGAAGCUGGCUCCCCAACCAUCAAGAACCCCAUCACAACACCCACCGUCACAAAGCCCGCCAGUGCCAUGACCAGCAUCGGCUGCUUCGAGACUGGCUUACCACUCGAGAACCACGGCUCUUACAACUUCCAAUCACCGGGUAACUGCCAACUGGUCUGUCUGCAACUCGACAAGGACGUCAUGGGUUUGUCCGACGGUGAAAACUGUUGGUGUGGAGAUGAAAUCCCUGCCAAAGAAUGGCAAGUCAAGAACGACACAUGUAGCACCACAUGUAAUGGUGAUGACACCUCUGGCUGUGGUGGUAAGAAUCUUCUGUGGGUUGUCCUCACCGGUAACACCAGGAACCAAGUCGACUACUUUCAGCCAUCAUCAUCAUCCAGCAGCAGCUCAUCAGCACCAAAGACAUCUAGCACUGCGCCAUCAUCCACUGCAGUUGCCAGUGCCACCGCCGUUCCGGUUCAGCCACCUCCACAGGAUGACAAGCCCAACACAGUCGCCAUCGCAGUGGGCGUCGUUGUCGGAAUGCUAGGACUGGCAGCUAUUCUGUUCGGUGUUUGGUUCUUGUUGCGCCGGAGACGUCAACAGCAGGCUGAAGAAGACUACCGUCGCAACGCCGCCAAUGUUAACUCGUUCGUUGGCAGUGGCAAGCUGCACACGAGCAAUUCGUCCAUGAAUGACUCUCGUCUGGACCCGAGCUUCAUGGACCGAAGGCAGAGCAACGGCAGUAUCGCAGACAACGAGGACUACUCGAGGCGGAUAUUGAAGGUGACCAAUGUAUGAGCGCCAAAAUAAGAGACACUGCGCACAACGAUUGCGCUCUUCACCUCAGCCCUUCCCACGGUUGGAGUCGCUGACGAACAAAACCUCAAUACCCUCGAUACCGCACACACCUAAUCUCCUUCACCUCAUGUCUCGCACUACGGUGUGCGCGACCACGCAUUGACGACGAGAGUAAGAAUCAUCUUGCGAUUUAGCCCGUUACUAUUCAGUAUAUGACGGAUACACCUUGAGCCAGAAUUGAACGAGGACAGGAAAGAUUUGUAGUAGCAGAGUUUUUGUCCCUCUUCGUGUUAUAUCCCGAUCCUCUUUGUUCUUUUUUAUCACAUUUUUUCUUCUUUUCCAUCUGGGCGUUCGUGGGGUGUUAGAUACCGGGCAAUUGAAUUGGGCAACUUUACAAACUUAAC